AUGUCGGACUUUAUUCCGGAGCAUUCCUGUAGCAAUUCAAACUACAAGAAUACAGAUGUUGAGUGGCGUACAAUAUAUGAAAGGGAACGCACUAUAGAAGAAAAAGAUGUAGAUAACCCUGAUGCAAUCUCGACUUCAGGCUCGGACAGAUUUCUGAUGCCAAGAAAACAUAACAUAUCAACUAGAUUGACUAAUUGCAGUUGUUACGGCAUGGAAAGUAACUGUGCUGAUAACAUUGACAGACCGGCCCUUCCUCCAAGUUAUGCACACAGUACGGAAAUCACAGUACCUAGAAUUGUGAUAACUGAGGAUGUUGAUGUCCGAAAAGGUAAGCCCGUGGGGUUCGUAUGUAUUUGUGUUGUAAACUUUUACUUUUACGAGACUAAGAUCUUUUACUUGUGUGCUGUUAAUAAGAAUUCAUUGUAUAUUUAAUUAUCAAUAAAUUAAUCUUUUUAAUCGUUUUAAUUUCUAUCCAGGGAC